UGCGGCAGGUCUUGGACGUGGCAGGUCUGUACACAGACAUGUCCGCUGGGUGUUGGAGAGCUGAGAGCUGCGGGUCUGAGCUGCGGGGAUGCGGUGUGUGAGUGUGAGAACUCUCUGAAUCAGCACGGACAGACUGUAGGUGAGGAAUGGCCGCGUGGGCUGGAUUUUCAGAUGAGGAGCUGAGGAGAUUACAGCAGAAAGGCGAGACCAGUGAUCCUGCUGUCCUCGCUGUGAUGGGACGAGGGCGGAGAGCUGCUCCCACUAAUCGGAGCAGGCAGCAGCUGCAGCGGGAAAGAGCUCUGCAGUUGGCCGCUAAACAGAAAGAUUGCCAUGGAUCUCCACUAUCGCCUGACCAGCAGCUCAAACCUCCUCCAUCACCCAGCCCCAGCCCCAAUCUCAGCCAUGUCCCCAAUCUCAGCCAUGUCCCCAAUCUCAGCCAUGUCCCCAAUCUCAGCCAUGUCCCCAAUCUCAGCCAUGUCCCCAAUCUCAGCCAUGUCCCCAAUCUCAGCCAUGUCCCCAAUCUCAGCCAUGUCCCCAAUCUCAGCCCCAGCCCAAACCUCAACCAAACAGUUCAGAGCAAACCAUCUGCUCAGAGAAGCGAAGAGUCGAAGCUGCCAGAGCCGGGUGAAGUGAAGCAUGAGUCAGAUCCACGGCUCGAGGAUGCAGCAGAGAGCAUCAAGGAGCUGGACAAAGUGGAAGUGGAACUACGGGAAAAGACUCGUCUACAGCAGCUUCAGUGGGAGCAGCGGGUGAUGGAAGAGAAGAAUAAAAAGAGGAAAGCACUCCUAGCUAAGACCAUCGCUGAAAAAUCUAAGCAGACACAAGCAGAAGCUGUGAAGCUGAAGAAGAUUCAGAAGGAGCUCCAGGUCUUGGAUGAUUCCGUUUCAAAUGACAUCUCGAUUCUGAGGAAGCUGAUUGAACAAGCCAGUCUGGAGUAUUCCUUAGCAUGGAAGCGCCUGGAGAAGGCUGAGGCUGAAUAUGUGGGGGCCAAAAUGGACCUUCACAAGAAGACUGAGGUGAAGGAGCAGCUAACAGAGCACCUAAGUGCUAUUAUUCAGCAGAAUGAGUUGCGCAAGGCCCAGAAGCUAGAGGAGCUGAUGCUUCAGCUGGAGCUGAGUGCAGAAGAGGAGGUGGUGGCUUCAGAAGGCCACGCCCAGCCGACUGCUCAGGAUGGGGAGAGAGAACAGGAGAAAGAGAGCGUCGCUCAGCCUGCUGUGGUGAAUGGACCCACAGUAGAUAGUGAAGAAAAAACACAGACAGAUAGCAACAAUGAUAACAAGGACAGUGCCAUGACUGUACCAAAAGCAAACACGGAUCAGGAGAAGGAACUCUGUACAUCUGCUGCAGAAGACACGAGUUAGCCCCCCCCCCCACACCUUCUCAUACUUCUCUCUGUACUUUGCUGAGUUUGACUGUAAAAGAGAAUGAACACUCCAGUAUUGUUUAGCCCAAUCUCCUAUCUGCCACAUCUGUAGUAUACUGCCACAGACAGUAAUUUCACCAUGUUCUUCUGUGCUUACUCAAAGAACAAUAAACCCACUGACUUGAAGCACAUGCCCAUUAGCUUUCACUAUAAAUGUGUUUUUUUUUUUUUCCCCCCUGUGGUUUUCUGUUCUUUUUGUAAUAGUGGAAAUUGUCUAUUAGUUUACUGUAAGCACUACACACAGCAGGUAGAGAUUAGACUGGAAAAUGCUGGAGUGUUCUUUUUAUAUGGGCUGGCUCUUUUUCUGUGGUUUCGUAUUAUUAGUAGAACAGCACUACUCCGAGUUUGUGAACAUUUUUGAGGCGGCUUUAAGCAAAUAUUUUGCACAAGCUGAUUACCAAAAGACAGUCCAGAUACAUACAGUCAGUGUGUUAUUUACUACAGAAGAAAAUUAAAUGUCUUAAAAUGAAAAGUGCCCUUGUCAUGUAGUAUGUAAUCCUACCAGUCACUCUGCAGUCAAGUUCCCAUAAAUAGAAACAACAUCACCUUGUUUUAAUUCCUUGUUUUUGUGAUCUAAUACAACUUAAUCUACUAGUAAAUAAAAGCAUAUAGCAGUUCAGCCCUGCCCAUUCAUGCUGAAGUUAUAAGAAGUAUAUUUUAAGAUUGUACAGUUUAUAAAAGAUGCAGUAAUCUUAGUGUAGUCUAAGAGAUUAAAAGAAGUUGGUGUUAUAUUAUUAUGAAGUAUGACUGUUAAGGGUGAUUGAUUGGUAAGAUAAUCAACACAACUGUAAUAAAUUGACCUUGGGGAGAUGGUGUGAAUAAUACAAACUGUAGGGUGUGCACUCUCUUUAAGGCUGUUUAGUUUCUCCUUUGUUUUUUCUCAGAUUAUUUUUAUUUUGACUGAAUGUGAUGUAAUCUCAUAAAAGGUUCUUUUUCUAUAUAAUCCUUCAUAGGACAAGUUCUUCCAUUAUUAUGUUCUUGAUGUAUUUAUGUAUUGUUUUUGGUGUGCUGGCAGUAAUUUUCAUAACUUUGCUUCCUUUGGGAACAGUAUCCUCAGAAAGAACUGUAUUGUAUUCUUGUGCAACACUAAUUAUAUCUUUGUGGGCUUUUCAGCACCAUUAUAACUGUU